AUGGGAACUCCAGGCAAGCUUAUUGGCUCCGUUAUCAGCCUUGUUUCGAACAAGGAUAUUCGGUACGAAGGUGUCCUGUACGCAAUUGACCAAGAAAAAUCCAGCGUGACGCUUCAGUCCGUGAAGUGCUUCGGAACUGAAGGCCGCACGGGCGCAGGACAAGAAUACCUCCCCGACGAUAAAGUGUACGAUUACAUCCUGUUCGAGGCUUCGGAUAUCAAAGAUUUGCACGUGCAUGAAGCAGCCUCCGCUCCGGCCCCUGCCCCAAGUCCCGCCAAGGACGUGCCGUCAUCGACUCCGGCGCCGACACAGCAACCGUCGCAGCAGCAACAACCCUUGACA